CACAAUAGAAAGCAGCUGGAAAAAUCACUAGAAGAACUUCCUCCAGAUUUUUUGAAACCAUGGCUCAUGUUCCAGAGGAGAAAUUGAAGGUCCCUUAUUGCACUGAAUUACCAGAUGGACUUGAUCAAGGAAAACGUGUGAGGAUCCGAGGUUCAGUGCCCAAGGAUGGUAAAAGCUUCGUUGUGAGUUUCCUGUGUGGUAAGGAUGAAGACGCGGACGCUUUAUUGUUUCUGAUCAAGUUGGAUGAUUCAAGUGAGAUGGCACUGAAAAGCUUCCUGAACAAAAUCCUAAACAAGGAAGAAAAGUAUAGCAAUCUCCCUUUUGCUAAAGGGCAGGAUUUUCAGCUGGAGUUUAUCUUUGAAGAAGAAGGCUUCAAGUGUCUCUCCACAGGACGCGCCGGAGGGACGGGGAACAUCAAGACUCUGGGGGACACCUACCAGUUUGCGGUGGACGUCAGCGACUUCUCCCCGGAGGACAUCAUCAUCACCACCUCCAAAAACCAGAUUGAGGUCCAUGCCGAGAAGCUGGCCUCGGAUGGGACCAUCAUGAAUACCUUCACCCACAAGUGUCAACUGCCAGAGGACAUGGACCCGGCCUCGGUGACCUCCACCUUGGGCCCCGACGGCUCCCUGACGGUCAAGGCCCGCAAGCGCCCGGCCCGACCCCCCGAUCAGCAGCAGACGCUCCAGCAGACGUUCCGGACCGAGAUCAAGAUCUGAGCAACGGGGAUGGGUGGGAUUGUGUGUUUCCUGGUGCGGGUGCGAGUGGGGUUUCCCUUUGUAUAUUUCCGGUGUUGCUGCUGUUGCCGUGUUCCUGCCGACCCCAACCGAGGGUUUUCUGGGGUUGAGAGAGUGUGACUGGCCCAUGGCUGAACCUUGGUCUAGUUCUCUUCUUUGUAUAUAUCGUAGGCAGUCCUAUAAACGAUCCCUGAUA